UCUCAAUCAUAAACACUCCUUUCGGAUUCCUAUUUCUCUACACGUUUCUCCUAUUUUUACUUCGAUUUCCGACGAUGUUACUAGAAUCAGACGGCGAGAUGAGCUUAGAGACAACAAACUCGCCGAUUAGCAGCGGAACAGAGAGUUGCAGCAGUUUCAGCCGGCUAUCUUUCGACGCGCCGCCGUCAACCACCGCCAUAAUCCCCGAGGAAGAGAGCUGCCUCACUCUUAAACCCCACAGAUCCUCCGACUUCGCUUACGCGGAGAUCCUACGACGGCGGAAACACAGCCUAACGUUCCGAGAUUUUCGCCUUAUGCGUCGUAUCGGCGCCGGAGAUAUCGGAACCGUAUACCUAUGCCGUCUCGCCGGAGAUCAAGAAGAGAGCCGGAGCUCGUACUUCGCGAUGAAAGUUGUGGAUAACGAAGCGCUUGCGAUGAAGAAGAAGAUGCACAGAGCUGAGAUGGAGAAAAAGAUAUUGAAGAUGCUCGACCAUCCGUUUUUGCCGUCUCUUUACGCAGAGUUCGAAGCUUCACACUUCUCUUGCAUCGUCAUGGAAUAUUGCUCCGGCGGAGAUUUGCAUUCUCUCCGUCACAGACAGCCUCAACACAGAUUCUCCCUCUCCUCCGCCAGAUUUUACGCGGCUGAAGUUCUAGUGGCGUUAGAAUAUCUACACAUGUUGGGUAUCAUCUACAGAGAUCUCAAGCCUGAAAAUAUCUUAGUUAGAUCGGACGGUCACAUCAUGCUCUCUGACUUUGACCUCUCCUUAUGCUCCGACUCAAUCGCCGCCGUUGAAUCCUCCUCAUCCACGCCGGAGAAUUAUCCCCACUCUUCCCCGCGUCGACUCACUCGUCUCGCUAAGCUUUUCAACCGCGUCUUACGGUCCAAAAAGGUCCAGACGCUAGAACCGAACCGUCUCUUUGUGGCUGAACCGGUUACCGCCCGGUCCGGUUCCUUUGUUGGUACGCAUGAGUACGUUGCACCAGAAGUCGCCUCUGGUGGGUCCCAUGGGAACGCCGUUGACUGGUGGGCCUUCGGAGUGUUCCUCUACGAGAUCAUUUACGGCCGGACUCCCUUCGCCGCGCCGACAAAUGACGUCAUCCUACGUAACAUAGUGAAAAGACCAUUGAGUUUUCCGACCGAUUCAGCGGCGACGAUGUUUGAGCUUCACGCUCGGAGUUUGAUCUCCGGGUUGCUCAACAAGGAUCCGAGUAAACGGCUCGGCUCACGGCGAGGUGCGGCGGAGGUGAAAGUGCACCCGUUUUUCAAAGGUCUAAAUUUUGCGCUCAUCCGCACAAUGACUCCGCCUGAGGUUCCCUCCGACGUCAGGAGACCGAAGAAGUCGGCGACGUUUGGUGGUAGAAGUAGCAAACCAGCGGCGUUCGAUUUCUUUUGAAAACCAGUGUUAGCGAUUAGUUAGCAUCACGUGUUAGUCGGUUCAAGUCGGUGCCAGAUUUUUAGCGACUGCCUUGUGACGAUAGCUGUUUUAGCUGUACAUUUU